CGUUCUCACAGCUCCAGCGGCUGGGAAACACACCCGUCAGAGACGCGCAUGAGGGAGAGAAAAAAAGUGCAUCACAGACAAAGGAAAUAUGGGUGCGCUGGUGAGGACUGACUCGUGCCGGGCAACGCAAUGGAUCUGCUGUUUCACUCACCGGGAGACCAAGUAGCGCACCUUGAUGAGGUGCUGGGAUGCAAGAUACUGCAGGCUAAAAAGGCGGAAGGCUGCGUUUAAUCCGUCUGCGGAUCCUGUGAGCUUGCGAUGGCUGUGACGGGGAUAUGCAACUGGACAGGGAGUAAUGUGCCUUUUUAUUUCGUGCUGUUUUCCUUAUUUUGUGGCCUUGCGUUUGGACAGUUGCGAUACUCUAUUACAGAAGAACUAGAAAACGGCGCACUGGUUGGUGAAUUAGCGCACGACCUGGGGCUGGAUAUUCGAAAGCUGGCCAGCCGAAGAAUCAAGGUAACCUCCAACAGCGGAAAACGCUAUGUGAUUGUCAACCCCAAAAACGGGAAAUUACUUGUCAAUGACAGGAUCGACAGAGAGGCGCUGUGUGAUCUCUCCAGCACUUGCCUUAUUAACCUGGAGGUGCUGGUUGAAAACCCCACAGAGGAGCACCAAGUCGUGGUGGAGAUUGUGGAUGCCAAUGACAAUGCUCCGCAGUUCCCCAGAGAUGAGUAUCAACUGGAAAUCACAGAAUCCGCUCUGCCGGGGUCUCGUUAUUCCAUAGAAAACGCCCAAGACCCAGACAUUGGCUCUAACUCAGUCCGCAUGUAUCAGCUUAGCACAAACGAGAAUUUUGCGCUGGUUUCAAACAAACCCUCUCUAAAUACAAAGCACAUUGAGCUGGUGCUCAAAAAGCCCCUAGAUCGUGAGCAGACGCCUUACCACCAGUUAAUUCUAAGUGCUGUGGAUGGUGGGAUACCGGAGAAAACAGGUUCGGCUAAAAUUAACAUCAGGGUGCUGGACUCAAAUGACAAUGUUCCCUUGUUUGACAGUUCAGUGUACAAGGUGAAACUGUUGGAAAACUCGCCCAAAGACACCCUGGUGGUCAAACUGAAUGCAACAGACCUGGAUGAGGGCACAAAUGGAGAUAUUUAUUAUUCUUUCAGUAGCUACACCCCUGAAAGAGUCCGGCAGAUGUUCAGUAUGGAAACUAAUACAGGGGAAAUAAGAGUGAGAAGCAAUGUUGACUAUGAAGAGACACACUCUUAUGAGAUGUACAUCCAAGCUAUGGAUAAGGGACCCGGGGCCGUGGCUGCACACUGUAAAGUGGUGGUGGAUGUUGUUGAUGUAAAUGACAAUGUCCCCCAGAUAGUGCUGUCAUCGCUGUCGAGCCCGGUGAGGGAGGACGCCCGUGCAGACACAGUUGUGGCACUAAUUAGUGUUACUGAUCAAGACUCCGGCGCGAACAAACAGGUGAGCUUAGAGAUUCCAGCAGGCCUUCCAUUCAAGAUCAAAUCAUUUAGAAACUACUACACUCUGGUUACCUCAGCCUUCCUGGACCGUGAGACCACCGAUGCCUACAAUGUCACUCUGAGUGCCACAGAUGGGGGAAAUCCUCCCUUAUCGUCCCAGAAGACCAUACAGGUGGAUGUGGCUGAUGUUAAUGACAACCCACCACGCUUUGAACAGACUUCAUAUACAGUCUAUGUGACUGAGAACAAUGCCCCCGGGGCCUCUUUGUGUACUGUGAAAGCUCAAGAUGCAGACAUAAAAGAAAAUGCACGCAUCACUUAUACAGUGCUCAAUGACAACAACCAUGGCAUCCCUGUAACAUCGUAUGUGUCUGUGAAGGCCGAUACAGGUGAGGCUUAUGCCCUGCGAGCCUUUGACUAUGAGUCACUGAGAGAGUUUCAUUUCCAGGUCAAAGCCCAGGAUGGGGGCAUUCCUCCACUCAGCCGAGUUGCCACUGUCUACAUCUAUAUCAUGGAUCAGAAUGACCAUGCUCCACUGAUAGUAAGUCCUCCUGGCAAUGGGACACGUUCCUUGGAGACGGUACAAAAAAAUGCAGACCCUGGUGCCUUGGUGACCAAAGUAGUUGCGUAUGAUGCAGAUGCGGGCACAAACGCUUGGCUGGUCUAUGAACUGGAGACUGCCACGGACAUGGACUUGUUCAAAGUUCACCAGCACACUGGGGAGAUCAAGACCACUCGCAGAAUCCUGGAGGACAACUCCACUUCAUUCGCUCUAACUGUUGUUGUGAAGGAUCAUGGCCAGCCACCUCUGUCCUCCACUGCCACCAUCAAUGUGGCCGUCAUAGAGGUGGUGCCAAAAGUGGCACCUGAUACCAAGAAGGUCACAAGACCUCACAGCACACUGUUUUUCUCCAACGUCACCCUGUAUUUGAUUGUGGCUUUGAGUGCCACAACGUUUGUUUUCCUGGUCACUGUGGUUGUGCUGGCCAUCGUCCGUUGCCAUGCCUACUGCUCUCAGCCUGGUUCUUGCUCUCCUUGCUGCGGGUCACAGAAACCCCCUCCAGAUGGUGGGAGCAGCAGUGUAAGUGCUGGUGGGGGAGGUGGCGGAGGAGCUCCGGGACAGCCUAAUAGCAAUGUAGUGCUUCGACGAGAUCUUAAAGUGGAACCUCACUACAUCGAGGUGCGAGGAAAUGGAUCCCUAACGAAGACGUACUGCUACAAGACCUGCCUGACUGCCACGUCUGGCAGUGACACGUUCAUGUUCUACAACACAGGCCGGCCCAUCAGUGGCACCUGGGGUAGCGGUGCUGACCGCUUCUUCACCAGUGGAAGUGGAUUUGUACGCAGACUGAGUAUGCCUGAUGCCUCCCUACAAAUCUGCCCAGAGCCAAAAGCCCCAAAUGCUGACUGGCGAUAUUCUGCGUCUUUGAGGGCAGGGGUGCAAGGUGCUGUCCACAUGGAGGAGUCCUCGGUGGUGCAGGGAGCCCAGGGCAUGCUGGUCCAGAACUGGCCUACUGUAUCCAGUGCUGCAGACGGAGAGGGUGGUGGAGAGCUUUCUCCUCCUGUGGGUGCUGGCGUCAACAGCAACAGCUGGCACUUCAGAUAUGGUGCUGGACAAAGUUACAUCCCCCCUCAGCCUCUGAAACCCGGAGAGAUCCCCCCUGAAGCUUUCAUCAUCCCUGGAUCUCCAGCUAUCAUUUCCAUUCGCCACGACCCAGGCCCCGUGGAUGACAAAGGUGACUUCAUCAGCUUUGGCAAGAAGGAAGAGGCCAAGAAGAAGAAAAAGAAGAAGAAGGACAAGAAGGACAAAAAGGAUAAAGGAAAGGAUGAUGGUGAUGAUGAGUAGAGGAGAAGGUGUUGACCUAAAAUCAGUGCUUUCCCAUACUAUCCUAAUUUCACAGCCAGAAAAACAAAUGCAUUUUAGAACCAAGGGGAGCCUCCAUGCUCCAUAUUUGCAUAGACUUUGUACAGCGGCCAAAUCCUCAUUCGACCAGGCCUGGCUCCCACUUCAACCAAACUACAACUGCUCUUUAUCUAAAGGCUGGACCAAAUUUAAACAGAAAAAAAAAGAUCUGUUAGUGAUUUGAGUCCAACCCCACCUUAAACCUCUACCCUAUUUGUAUAAUGACAACAAAAAGCAUCAACAAUGGUGCACCGUUUGUAUCUGACCACUUGGGUGCUGGUGUUGACAUCUCCAACACCCUCUUUUUUUCUUUCUUUGCCAAGUCAAUGUGAAGUGAAAGCCAAGCUGAAAACAAACCCGAGGCUGUUUGUCUUCAGUGCUACAGAGGGCUUGUAGGAAUUCAGAAAAUGUGCUCUUUUGUAAAAAAAAAAGAAAAAAAGAAAAGAAAAGAAAAACUCUAAACAUAUACCUAUAAGAUAAGCACCUUUAAGAGGACGAGGUGGCUGAGAGAAGCUGGACCACACUGAAACGGAGCUCUGCUUCUGUAAAACAUAGCACAUCGUACAGGCGGACAACCUGCUGUGGGUUGCACCAGCUAUGCGCAAGUUUGUUCCCAGGUUAGUUUAUUACUAGGAAUUUGCUUCAUUACUGAUAGUUCAUUUGUAAUUAGUAAGUUACUGAAAUUUCAAUAGAUGUUGGUAAAAGGAAUCCAUAUUUGUCUCUAUAAGGAUAGGACAUUUUGUUUUUGUCCAUUUUCUGCAAAUUAUUCAUUGGUAGCCCUUUUUAUAAGUAACCACUGUGAUUUGGGGAUAUUUAUUGUAUUUAUUUCUUUAUUUUUUAUUUCUUUUUUUGUAAAGAACACAGAAAAGCUAGCCUGGCAAGCCAUCCUUCAACUAUAUGUAUAUAAAUAGUCUUACCCCAACCUAUAGACAGUGCUCAGUCAUAGGGGCGGAGUCUGUGGUUAUCUUUCGAACCGUCUCUGCACGCGAUUGAACAGUAUUAGGACCAAUCACAACAACAAACAAUGUGACGUAUUCAUUACUACGGACAUCAGUCAAUGAGGCAGCCAUAGACCUUUGAAGAAGUAUAGCUAUCUGAUCAGGUCUCUGAGGAAAGGCCAAGUGUAAAUCGUCCAAAAUUGAUGCCAUUCUAUGGAAAUGAGCGCUGUUCCUGCGCCAUUGUUGUUGUUCUGCUCCAUCACAGCUCUGCCGUAAUGGUGCUAACCCCGCCCGACAUCACUCUCCAAAUGUAGAGCAUUGCAAUUUGCCAGAUCAACACUUCACAGAGCCGCUGGUGGACCUGCUGAGGCUACAAUGGAGCGUGGCUACACCAACCUGCAGAGCAAAAUGUGUUGCUGCUGCUAGGGUUUGUCUAGAUUUGUAGGUUGUACAAAAACAAUACAUCACAGGAAACUGAAAGGUCCUAGAAGGAUGCAUUUGGUUUUUAUACUGCAUGUUUACAUCACAUCUGUAUCCAAUUUUAAUCCAGAUGUGAAAAUUCAGGGACAGCAUUUUCAGACUAUUAACUGUCAUGUCAUAUAACUAAAUGGGAACCAUAUUUUUUAUUAUUAUAAAAAGAAAAACACUUUAAAAAUAUUCAAAUAACAUUUGACAGCUGUAGUAUGAAACAGUGGUUCCCAGACAUUUUAGCAACAAAAUAACAAUAGACAAGAGCUCACACAGAAACCUAAUAAAAUACUACUUAUAUACUUUUAUGACUGUUACUUUUUGCUGGUGAAGGUUCUCCGUCAUCCAGUUCAUGGUAAUUCAAAGGGGUUCUAAUGAAGGCAACUGCACUUUUUUGGUUUCUUGAAGACGUUUCACUUCGCAUUGCAGCAGAUUUUCAAUUCUAGCUUGAAUAUGUGAGGGCCAAGCUUCUAAACUGUUGCUGUUUAUUUUCACUUAAUGAGCAGAAAUACCUAUGAAUACCUCCCCUCCUUAACUUCUGAUGAGUCGUCGGGGUCAUUAGUCUCUAUAAUGAGGGAAUUGUUGUGUUGAUUAGAUGCAGGGACACAUAGAGGUAGGGAGGAGAGGUGUUCAUAGAUAGUUUCUGCACAUUAAACAACAAUUGACAGAGACAUUUUAUACGCUUGAUUCUCCCAUUUUCCUUCUCAGAAUUUUGAAAAAUUUUCCUUUUGUCAGAAUUGCGAAGCUCCUCGGAUGUGAAGCGAAAUGUUUUCAAGAAACCAAAGAAGUCCAGCUGCAUUCAUUUGAACCCCUUUGGAUGUUCUUUAGCUUUUGCAUCACUUUUAGUGAUAUUUUUCAGUUUUAGUUCUGGAAAUACUUUAAAGACCCCUAACUUAGAGUUUUGUGGCCCACAUUUUAUAACCACUGAAAUGUAAUGUGUAGAAAAUGGACAGAAGAAUAAAUAGUUUUUUCUAAGGUGCUUCAAGAGUCAAACAGAAUGGAAAUGAAAAGAAAAAGUGUGCAUAUAUAGGGAAAAAUAAGUUGCGCUUAACUGUUGGUGAGUGCAGUUUUGUGACUGUAUCAUUUGCACUUGCUUUAUUGCUUGCUUAAAUAAUUGUUUACCCAAGGCUACGCUCUAACUGAUUUUUGUGCUGGUAUCGCUUGUAAUUUCAAGUCAAUUGGAAUCGGUGGCGAUUUCGGAUGUGGCUGGGGAACCUACGUGCAGCUGAUGCAACUGCCCCCGACCCUGCUUCUUUGACCAAAUCAUCAGUCAAUAUGAUCUGUGUAUCAGCACAUCCAUCACACACACACACACACACACACACACACACACACACACACACACACACACACACACACACACACACUGCAAUCAAACACUGGCUCUCUAUGCCUUGUACUCGUACUUAAAAGGAGCAAACACACACCUACAUUGUUUCCUACAAUGCAAAUCAACAACCAAAUUUAAACUGCACCCUUCUGUGUGGAAAGCUGAAGGCUAGUGCUUAAUAUGGGAGUGUAUUAUAUGGCUGAGAUGCAGGAACGUUGCUUGCCGCUUCAUUUCUGUUCAAGCCUGAUCCCUCCUCUUCUGUCUUUGAAUGUUAAGUAGUUGUUCUUCAAGCUCUGCACCACUGCCUCGACUGCUUCAGUGCUUGUAGGAUUUGCUUGCCCCUGCUGCCUGUUUCCUCCCUCUCUACUCCUGUUUCCUCAAAUCAACAUGGUUGGAUGGCGUCUUUAAAGUCACUCUCCUUCAGUGAACUGUGCAGUUGUAACUCAGUGACUUUUGUGUAUAUUCAUAUAUUUACAUGCACAGAAUAAACACACACACAAAAAGAGAGAGAGGAUGAAACUAAAAUACACAUAAAGCAGACAUAAACAUCUUUUUUAGAGUAAAGUUCAGAUCAAACUGAGCUUAGUUGCUUCUGCCAGCGUGUCUACUCUGACUGCUCAUCGUUGACAGCUCUGUUGUCCCUCGCUUGGCAUUGUGGGGACGCUUGACAAGUUAGCAGCCAGUCAGACUGUGCUAGAUAUGAUGUGAUAAAAUGGUGUAGGGGUGGGCGAUUUGGCAAAUUUUUCAUAUACAAAAAAAUCUUGUACUUUUUUAGGUUAUCGAACAAUGUAAUCACAUUAAUGCCCUUAAAACUGCCCUUAAAAAAAAUUAUAACAGAUAUUUUAGGUCAAACUAAAUUUAGUACCAGAGUUUUACAGUGUUCCUCCCUAACAAUACCAUUUAAAAGGGCUGAAAAUAGCACUGAGGGUGAUUAACUAGGCAUCAACAGCCUUCACUCACAUGAAACAUUAAACAACCUUAAAAUAAUUAACAUUUAUUAGUAAGUCUGUGACAUAAUGUGCAAACCAGUGCCAGUAUUACUAAAACAUUACCACAGUCAGUAGUUAAAGGAUGUUGUUAAAAAGAUUUAUUUAAAUGUUUUUUUCUGAUUAAAACAGUCCAUAAACAGGACAGAAAGAAGAAUAUGUCCUACUAAGCAUUCUACAAAUUCACCUUUUAUGAUUAAAUACUGUCCUAUCGCCCACCCUUUAGAUAGAAUAUAGAACAGAAAAAUGAGAUAGAUGAUAGUUGGUCCAGUGUCAAUAGAUGGGGAAAAGGUGGAAAAGUAAAUUAGGAAAGGUAGGGAAGUUGUUUUCACGUCUGAUGUCGGUGAGAAGUGACCGAAAUGACACCAGUUACCAAAACAAGUAAAACUAAGUUCAGCUACAUUUGGAAAAAUGAUUAAAUUCACAGUGGGAUGUCAACAAGGGUAAAUAUGUUAUUGAGCAACAGUUCUUAGAAACAACACGGAAAGAUUAACCAGCACUCAUGGCUAAACCUUACAAAUAAAUUGUGAAUGGUAAUAACGUUGUUUGGUGCUGAAACAUGGCUGCUAGAAAUAGCCCUUCCAGACAUGAAAGUCGAUCAAAAUGUGAAUAUUAGUCAUGCGAGAAUCAAACAAGUCAUGGGAGUAGUAAAUACUGGAGGAGCUUUAUUAUACCAUGUCAUGUCAUGACAUCUCACCUCAGUGUUCUUUGAUUUUAACCCUUUGUAUUUCCAGUCCCCGUCGACGUUUGUAGGUGCUCAUCUCAGUCCUUUCCACUGACCUGACUCCUACCCCCUGCCUCUUCCUGCAGGUGUACUUCUGUGCUGUCAGAUCACCAAGUGACUGUUUGCAUGUUAUAAGCAAAGGAAACAGAUUUUAUAUAGAUAAUAUAUAUAUAUAAAUAAAUAUAUAUAUACAUAGAUACGUUUUUUCCACUGGGAAAUGUGUAUUGAAAUGCAUAUACCUCUAAUACACAUCGCCAAGAAAACAGACUCACAUUCAACCAUAAAUGAGUACAUACAACACAUGAAGAUACACUGUUGAUAACAGUAAACUGUGGAAAAAAACUAAACGAAACACAUUUUUAUCCUGUUGAAAAUGACUUCAAUCUUCUACAUAUACAUAAUGCUAUUGUGUUAUGCUAUGAAAGGCCUUUUUUCAUGUUUUUACCCGUAUGAUUUUCAUAGAUAAGAAGAUCAAUCCUUAAACUUGUGUUGAGCUUUGUAAUGAUCAAUCAAACACCAAUGUGAAAUAGAGUCAUCUGUUCAUCCUCCAUAUCUGGUUGUUGCUCUGUAGGAAAAAAAAUAAAUGAAAAAGGGAAAAAAAAUAUAAAAACACCAAAACAGUCAUAAAAAAAACGAAGUUGAUGUAUUCUCUGCUUGUGUAUAGUGAAUGUCCCUCAGUCACUGGGUACAGAGGCAGACUGAGGCGUGUACCCGGCGACUGUGGCCGUACAGAUCUGUUCAUGACUUUUUUGUACACCUGCUUAUCAUUGUUAAGGUGAUAAUAGUGAUUCCUAUGAUUUCAUGGAUCUGGUAACGUGUUUUGUUAAGAAGUCACUAAUAAAGCUUUUUUUCUUAAAUAUCUUA